AAUGUGCAGGUUUGUUACAUAUGUAUCCAUGUGAGAACUUAAUUUCUUAUAAAGAGUUACAAUCUGCAGGCUGGAGCCUCUGGCCAAAGCCAAAAGCAAGCACUUCAGAUAAAAAAGGGAGAGGCUGAGAUUUAUGCCCAACAAGAUGAGCCAUACAUAUACAUUUAGUAGGUUAUAGGAUAAUCUUAUGAAUAUUUAUGAGAGGCCCUAAUGCAUGCAUAGUCAGUAAUCAUAUAUGUUACAUGUUACAACCCAUGUUCACUUUGGGAUGGAGACUUAACAUUAAAAUUUUAGGAAAGAAGGUCUUGAGGCAGUUAUCGAGGUGGGGGGAACGUUGGGUGUGACUGACCUCUUGCCUUGCCAAAGCUGUAGAAUCUGGUUUUUGAUGUUUUCUGGGGUCUCUUUACCACAAUGAGUCUGUUUUGUUUUUCCUGGGGGCCUAGGGGCUUUAUUUUUAUUUUACGUCUUCUUCAUAGCAGUGAACUCCUUCAGAUAUUUUACUUCUAAAUAUUCUAAAGUUCAGGAAGAAAAACAGUUUAGAAGAGGCCCUAAAAUUCAAAGAAUUUGGGGAAAGCUGUGAAAUGAUACGAAGGAUCAACUAAUCACACUUUCUUCCCAGUGCUUAGAUUCUUCCUGUGACACCCCCAGCCUAUAUUUGAUUACCUCCAGGCACAGAGAACUCACUACUACCUGGAACAGCUCAGUUCAUUGCACAGCAGCUCAACGCUCCUGAAUGGGCAGUGGAGAGAGGAGAUGCUGGGGUAGAGUCCUGGCCUAAUAGUCACUAGGCUCCACCUAGGAGGGGCUUCUGAAAUAAGACUCCUAUCUACCCCUAAAAUUACUGCAGUGGUUAUAUGGAUUACUAUAUAUGAAAAUAUUUUAACUUCUAUGAAGUUGUGGCAACAUUUAGAGCUGAUGGAAUUAAGUUACAGUUGCUGGACACAAGAAUAGACUAAGGAAAGGGGUUCCUCCUGCCCAAUUCUGAAAUGAGCAAUCCGGGCUGGUGGGACACAGGAACCCAGGUUCCUUUCAUCCUAUUACUUGCUCAUCCCACAAGGCAUCGUCCUUGCCUUCGAGGUCAAAUCUGGGGCCUGCUCUAGCCACACUCUUGCUGGACUCAGGAACAGAAAAGAGAAUAAGUCCAGGACAUUUUCCUUUAAAGCAAAUGAUAUGGCAGUCGCACACUUCAACUCUGUUCCUGCCCCUAUGGCAGAAGCCAGCCACAGGGCAGCCUGGUGUGGCUAGAGCCCCAGAGCUUCAAAGGGAGUUGGUAACGAUGAGAAGGGAAUGGAUGCCAUGUGACAGGGAUGACAUUUGAAAGAUUUCCAGAAAGCCAGAAUUUCUACUGAGUCCCUUUUAGAGAUUUCAUCCCCAUCACACAACCUUUAUAAUAAGCUUGAAGAGGACCAGGCCCCCAAAAGAAGAGUGGUACCCUCUUUUCUCAACAAUGACCCAAUUUUUCUUCUGACCUUACUAACAUAUACAUUUACUCUGUAAAAUAUAAGGUGUUGAGGUAGGGUGAGUGGAGGGGGCUCUAAAUGUUGAUUAGGCAAUUGGGGAGGAAAAGGAGGUUUUUGCUAUAACUUCCAUUCUUUAAAUCUACAAUUCCAUGCUCUUUAAAAGCCUUAUAAUUUUCUGGAUCUGGGAGCUGGGCUAUUUCAGGGUCACUGGAUUUAUUUCAGUUGGCACCUGAACUGACUUGAAACAAGUGUGUGUGGAAAAGAGCUAUUUUGAGAAGGAAUAAACCGAGACUGCCCUGCUGACAGAAUAUGCAAGCUGGUGGGUCUUGACUCCUUAAAGGAUUAUGAAAUUAAUUUGAUUGGUCCCAAUCUUUAUAUGACCACCCCAAUCAGGAACCUUCCCGUCCCGCCAAAAGGCCCCCUCACGUGCGCUCCCAGUCAGUACCCCAUGCAAAGAUAAAAUAGAUGAUAUUUUUAAACAUGGGUCGUGUUCAAAAGAAAUGGAAACUCUGAAGGAGAAGCACACUGGGUAGAAGGUUAUUCCUGGGGCUCCACCCCCUGCUCCAUCAAGUCCUCUGAGCAUGAGCUGGGCUCUGAGAAGGAAGAGACAGGAACCAGUUGGUCAUGUCCACGUGGCCUCAGAAGCUGAGUACGUGACGGUCACCAGAUGCCUAGGCAGGCUCCCUUGAAAUGGCAGGGCUGGUGUCCAAAAUCCUGCUGGGUCAUUGCUAUUUACAGGCAGCCUUCCCGGCGUGCGGUGGAUAUCCCAAGCGGGGCUAUUUUUAAGCAGGGCUAUGGCCUGCCGUGGGUUAAGCUGGUGUGGACAGAAAGCGAGAUGAUCUAGCCAUCUACUGCAGAUGGCCUGAUCUUGAACAGAAACGUGACUGUUAUUGUCCCUGGAUCCGGGCCCCAGACAAAGACGCUGGAAGGAGGUCCCUCCAGCCCCUGGCUCAGAGCCCGGUCAGCUGCUGGAGCCAGGCAGCUUGAGACAUCCUCCUCUCCGACCUUGGCUUGAGGGGUUCAUCCUCCAGAGCUCACCAGGACCCCAAGGCUGGUACACCUGAGAGAAGAGAGAAACAAAUCCCUCAACAGAUGUGCAAUUUCACCUGCUGGCCCUUCCAUUCUGAGAUCCAGAGCCCUGGCAGAGGAGCCUCCAGGACCAGGCCUGGGGAGCAAGACUGGCUCCGCCUUUUAUGUUUCAGAGAAAGGGCAGGUGCUAUAAAGGGCCCAGCGCCCAGGGGCCUGCCUUCAAGGGUACAGCUGUGGGGGCCGGUGCGCCCGGAGGUCUGCGCUGGGAUUGGCGAGGUCCUCUGGCCCCGCCCCUCCAGGGAGGCUUUUCCAGGCCGGCCCGGCCAGCCCGCCCUGCAUACACAUCUUGGCUGUGUGCGCUCAGCAGGACGUGGGAGACUCCGGCUUCAAGACACUCAUCCAAGGGCAAGGAUGGCCAGUAUCUUUUCUAAGUUGCUAACUGGCCGCAAUGCUUCUCUGCUGUUUGCUACCAUGGGCACCAGUGUCCUGACCACCGGGUACCUGCUGAACCGGCAGAAAGUGUGUGCUGAGGUCCGGGAGCAGCCUAGGCUAUUUCCUCCAAGCGCAGACUACCCAGACCUGCGCAAGCACAACAACUGCAUGGCCGAGUGCCUCACCCCCGCCAUCUACGCCAAGCUUCGCAACAAGGUGACGCCCAACGGCUACACCCUGGACCAGUGCAUCCAGACUGGAGUGGACAACCCUGGCCACCCCUUCAUAAAGACUGUGGGCAUGGUGGCUGGUGACGAGGAGUCCUAUGAGGUGUUUGCUGACCUUUUUGACCCCGUCAUCAAACUAAGACACAACGGCUACGACCCCAGGGUGAUGAAGCACACAACGGAUCUGGACGCAUCCAAGAUCACCCAAGGGCAGUUCGAUGAGCGUUAUGUGCUGUCUUCUCGGGUGCGUACCGGCCGCAGCAUCCGUGGGCUGAGCCUGCCGCCUGCCUGCACCCGGGCCGAGCGGAGAGAGGUAGAGAACGUGGCCAUCACUGCCCUGGAGGGCCUCAAGGGGGACCUGGCUGGCCGCUACUACAAGCUGUCCGAGAUGACGGAGCAGGACCAGCAGCGGCUCAUUGAUGAUCACUUUCUGUUUGAUAAGCCAGUGUCCCCUUUAUUAACAUGUGCUGGGAUGGCCCGUGACUGGCCAGAUGCCAGGGGAAUCUGGCAUAAUUAUGAUAAGACAUUUCUCAUCUGGAUAAAUGAGGAGGAUCACACCAGGGUAAUCUCAAUGGAAAAAGGAGGCAAUAUGAAACGAGUAUUUGAGCGAUUCUGUCGUGGACUAAAAGAAGUAGAACGGUUAAUCCAAGAACGAGGCUGGGAGUUCAUGUGGAAUGAGCGCCUAGGAUACAUUUUGACCUGUCCUUCGAACCUUGGAACAGGACUACGAGCUGGUGUCCACGUUAGGAUCCCAAAGCUCAGCAAGGACCCACGCUUUUCUAAGAUCCUGGAAAACCUAAGACUCCAGAAGCGUGGCACUGGUGGUGUGGACACUGCCGCGGUCGCAGAUGUGUAUGACAUUUCCAACAUAGAUAGAAUUGGUCGAUCAGAGGUUGAGCUUGUUCAGAUAGUCAUCGAUGGAGUCAAUUACCUUGUGGAUUGUGAAAAGAAGUUGGAGAGAGGCCAAGAUAUUAAGGUGCCACCCCCUCUGCCUCAGUUUGGCAAAAAGUGAACUUUCCCUUUCCCAAUUUAUAAAUAAUCUGUCUGCUGGUACGACAGACAUAAAUCUCUACUCUGAGAGUUUUUGUACACUUGGAAAAAUAUAAAAUUGUAGAUCCUGCCUAUCUUUACAAUAAAACUCUCCUUAAUAUA